AGGCCCCAAAUGCACUGCCAACGGUGCGGGGCUGAUUAUCAGGGAUAUGGAGGACUUGGCGCAGGGAGUGGCUUGCGUGGAAGCCUCUGGUUGCAUGGGCCAGUGCUCCAAAGGUCCCAAUGGCAUGUACAGUGAAAAGUCCGGGGCCAAAGGCAAGAUCACCAACAAACUCAACAAAUACAGUAAGCUGACGGAGAUGUUAAACGAUGUGAUUCAAGGAUUUGCUCUGGACGAUCUUCAGAGUCGUGUGCACAAAAUCAAGUUUGCCAUUCGGCGGGAAGAAAAUGCCGACACCCGAAUGCAAGCCAUUGAGGAGACAUUGUCGUCAUUUGAUGGUCAACAGAAGCAACUGCAUCCAGAGUUGGUUGCACAGAUGCUUUGCCUAAGAUCAAGAGAAAUGAUGAAGGCGGACCCUUCUGCCGCCUAUAACGAUCUUAGAGAUGCUUUGAUACUACGACCAGAUUGGCCCUGGGCGUUUGUCACCCUAGCGCAGGUUCUAGACAACCUGCACAUGCCCCGAGGGGCCCUAGCCUGCAUGCAAAAGGCCAUCGAGAUUGGAACUGGGGUUGACAAAAAUGCAUUGACAAGGGGCAUGGUCCGCUUGGAACGAAAAGCAGCUGAUUCCAAGGGUCCUGACGUACCGCCAGCAGGUAUAGAAAUGGACAUUCGCUAUAUCAAAGAAAAGUCGCUCGCUGGAGGCGAGUCUCAGAAGCAGCCGAAGGACAAAGAGAAGAAGGAGAAAGGUGAGAAAAGUGAGAAAAGCGAUAAAAGAGAGAAAAAGGUCACGAAAGAUGGCAAGGAAGUAAAAGCUUCAAAGGCCAAGAGCAAGAGCAAGAAGGAUGGAUCAGGAAAGAAGGAGAAGGAGAAAGCAAAUGCCGAGGAUGCUGAGAAGGCAGCAAAAGAGAAGCUCGAGCUUGAGAAAGCAAAUGAAAUGGAGCCAGCCGCAGAGGCUGCAGAAACUAACGAUGUGCCAGAAGAGGCACCAAAGACACGACAGGAAUCAAAGCCAAAAGAAGAGAAGAAGGUGCCAAAGCCAGCUUCUGAGCCGAAAGAUGGAGCUGAGAAUAUGGUGGUCAAAUCUGUGGAAGCGUUCAAAGAUAUCGUGAUGCAGAAAGAGGAGAAAAAGAAGAAAAAGACAAAGAAAAAGAAACCAGAAAAGUCUGAUGCUGCUGCUGGAGAAUAUCAGGACUGGCAGCUACGGAAUUCGGAGUGGGCCAACCACGAUUGUCUUAGGAUGACCUUCGCUUGCAAGGGAAAAGCCUCAAAGAGCUUUGAGUCUCCCAUUUGGCAUAUUGACCUUGCAGCCAACAUUGGUGAGGAUGGUGAGGAGAUCCAACGCUCCUACACACCCUUGAGCAAUGCCGAGGACUACAAGAAGGGUGUUUUGGUCCUCCUCAUCAAGGUCUACCCCACGGGCAAGAUGUCCUCCUACCUGGGGAAGAUGAAGGCAGGCGAUUCCAUUUUGGUGUCCAGACCUGUCGCCACAGUCGAUCCCCAGGAGUAUCCCGAGGGCGCCAUUAUGGUCGCUGGUGGCAGCGCAGUGGUGGUUGCCCUGCAGGUUGCCACAGCGAUGCUUCCACAGAUCGCGGAUUCCUUUCACUUGUAUUUGUGCAACAGAAAGCAGCCGGAUGUGCUCCUCAUGGAUGAAUUCAAUGUUCUUUUGGAGGCGUACCCCAAGUUCCACAUGACCAACUGCCUGUCACAGGACCAGUCUCCCGAGAAUCCAGGAGGGCGCUCUUCCUGGUCAUCAGGCCGCUUGAACACCGAGCUUCUCUCAGGAGCACCACAGAAUCUCAAGGUUAUCAUGAGUGGCCCUGACCCAUUGUGCAAGAUGGUUGCACAAACCUUCAUGGAAAUGGGCAAGCAGGAAGAUGAUAUUGCCUGUUUGGACACGGACUUGGAUGAUCUUUUGCAUCCCGAUGGUGGUGAAGAGGAGGUCCUCAUCUCGAAGAUGAAGUCAUCACCGCAGCUGCCACCAGCUGAAAAGACAGAAGAACAAAGGGUGGAGGUUCCUCGAGCUCGAAUCAAGGCAUCGAAGUCCCAGGUGAUUUCCAUCGAUUCCUUGGUAUCUCCAGUGAUCGCAAAACCUGUCGCAGGGCUGGGGCUCUUCUCCUCCCUUUUCCUUUGUGGCUGCAAGCCCACUGAUGCAUUCAGUGAGGAUAUUCACGAGGAUUCUGUGAAGCAAAAGAGAUAGGCAGAGGAUGACUGCAGUGGCGACGUUGAGAUCAGCAUCGUGCACUGUCUCAGUCGCCUUGCCACAGCAAGAGCUUGCUGAUCGUCAGCUGAUUUGGUGUUGUCUCACCUGGGGAAUGUUUGAAAGAACUGUGGUGGCUGACAUCAACUGAC